GAAUAAGCGGCGGCGUGGUCUAAUGACGUGACACCGCCCUAACAAGUCACGCUAAUAAUCAAAUCUAACGCACCACUGUUACCGUAGUGUGGCACGCGCAUUUACGCUCGUUGCUGCAACCAAAUCCGCUCUUACGUAGAAAAUCCACUUUAUUCUUGUGUCGGGAAAAUAAAGGCCCAUCUUAGCCCGUCCUCUCGCCCAGCAGCAGCUGUCUGAUCGCCCUCAGGGACGGUGACUCCGGUAAGAGCGGCAGAGGUCCUCGGUGAGAAGCGAGAGGAAGAAUGGCGGAUCCGAGCAGCACAGCGGCGGUGGGGGCCGCAGGCUCCAACAGCGCUGCUGCCGAGGCGGGCACCGUGGCGCAGGAUGGGGCCCCUGGAGCUGCGGGAACCAAACCUGUUUGCGAGACUGUUAAGGGCCAGAUUUUUGACGUGGGUCCCCGCUACACCAACCUGUCGUACAUCGGAGAGGGGGCUUAUGGGAUGGUGUGCUCUGCCAUGGACAACCUGACAAACCAGCGUGUAGCCAUAAAAAAGAUCAGCCCCUUUGAGCACCAGACGUACUGCCAGCGCACCCUGAGAGAGAUCAAGAUCCUGCUGCGUUUCCACCAUGAGAACAUCAUUGGCAUCAAUGACAUCCUCAGGGCACGGCACAUUGACAACAUGAGAGAUGUCUACAUCGUGCAGACUUUGAUGGAGACCGACCUGUACAAGCUGCUGAAGAGCCAGAGACUGAGCAAUGACCACGUCUGCUACUUCCUGUACCAGAUCCUGCGGGGCCUCAAGUACAUCCACUCCGCUAACGUGCUGCACCGCGAUCUCAAGCCCUCCAACCUGCUCAUCAAUACCACCUGUGACCUAAAGAUUUGUGACUUCGGCUUGGCUAGGAUAGCAGAUCCCGAACAUGAUCACACAGGUUUUCUGACCGAGUACGUGGCUACGCGUUGGUACAGAGCACCAGAGAUUAUGCUCAACUCAAAGGGUUACUCAAAAUCCAUUGACAUCUGGUCUGUGGGUUGCAUCCUGGCUGAGAUGUUGUCCAACAAGCCCAUUUUCCCCGGGAAACACUACUUGGACCAGCUCAAUCAUAUACUGGGUGUUCUCGGAUCACCAUCCCAAGAAGAUUUGAACUGCAUCAUCAACAUGAAGGCCCGGAGCUAUCUGCAGUCCCUUCCCGAAAAACCCAAGAUCCCCUGGGAGAAGCUCUUCUACAAGGCCGACUCUAAAGCCCUGGACCUCCUUGGCCGGAUGUUGACCUUUAACCCCAACAAGCGCAUCACUGUUGAGGAGGCACUGGCACAUCCUUACCUGGAGCAGUACUAUGAUCCAACAGAUGAGCCGGUGGCAGAGGAGCCCUUCACUUUCUCCAUGGAGCUGGAUGAUCUUCCCAAGGAGAGGCUGAAGGAGCUGAUCUUUGAAGAAACCGCUCGUUUCCAGGAGAACUACCAAGGGUCCUGAGGCUCCCAGCUCUAAAUGUGGCACACCAACAGAGUCCUGGAACAAGAUGCCCCUGACCCCACCCACACGCUACUACAAAAGAACGACGCAUCAAGAAACCGAAAACAAGCGAGACAUAUGAACAUUUAAGUGCUUAUCUUUCCAUUCCGACUGCAGGAGAGCUCUGUGUCCUCUGUGGAUGACUGAGGCGGGACCGUACUGACCCCCUCACAUGCUAAUCUGGUUUCUCUUGCAUCCAGUGGUAAUCUUUUCCUCACCUGCCAUCCUCCAUUAGCCAAUCCCAUCUCCCUGACCUCCCUCGUCAUAGAAACCGACUCCUCUUAUAACCUUUACCAUAACCAGAAAAUCAGAGGGCUAACAGUGUAGGGAUGUACAUAUGUUCUAAGGGUCGUCUGCUCUUUUUAGUGUGCUUGUUGCCGAUUCGGUUUAUUCCUCAAAUGGGUGUUCUAAUCAGUUUCGCGUCGUGUUUUUGUAUGUUUUCGAGCUUUAUAUUCGCGUUUUCAAACACUUGAUUUUGAAAUGGACCGUUGGUGUUUUAACAGGAAUGUUGACGGGUUUAGAGGUUUAUUUAGUACUUGUCGCUACUUUACUUUUUUCUUUUUUUUUAAAAUGAAAACUUGUAUGACGUUCAUUUGAAUGCAUGCAUUCCUAAAACGUACCAAAGUGGCAUAGGAAGCGAGGAACUUGGCAUAGGAGGAGGAACUACUAGUGCAUUAAUUGACACAUUUUAACACCAUUAUUUAAAUUUUACAUUUCUUUGAAUAGUGCCAUCAUCAGCCUAUGAACUAGUACGCUGGCUUAGAACACUGCCUGCUAUACUAGACGAUUUGAAGUUUGACGCUUCUGUUGUUUUGUCCUUCAUUUCAAGCCAGGCUUUGUUAGCGACACAUUCCCAGUUGACAUUCCCUAAAAGGGCACUACGUAACUUUUCUAGUGGAGGUUCUGCCAUCGUCUUGUCUCCAUGGAGGUGUUAUUGCUUUCUUUUCCUGGAAUAUUCAACAGCAUGGCAUUAAACGUAUCCAUUUAUAUUAGGGCUACGAUACGAUACAUACCUCGAUACAUAGGCCACGAUACGAUACAUACCUCGAUACAGUGAGCUUACGAUUCGAUACAAUAUAUUUCAAGACGAUUUGAUAUGAUUCAGUAAAAAAUACUGGCUAAAUCAUUGCUGUGACACUAAAAGUCUUUGUUAAACCACUUCUUGUGCAAAGUGAAUAUGAAACACAAACAUUUUAAUCAUCCAGAAAUGUCAAAUGAAAUGAAAAUUAAAUGAAAAUGUCAAAUGUGUUGCAUAAAUGAGUUUCCGUUCACUGAACAAUCAACAAAACUGUUAACCUGAUUCAUCAGCCUGUUUCACUUCAUAGAAACUAUCUGACCUCGCUGCAUUAGAAUUCGUUCGCUCGAUGGUAGGCAGGUACCUUUUUUAUUUAACCAGUCGCUGCUAUUUGGUCGCGAUGUAUCUUAUACGCCGCUGACGGGGCUAACUGGUAUAUUAAGCUUUUCCCAAAUCCUGUAGGAAGAAGAGCAAUAAUGUCUUCCCCCUCGAUGAAAUUGACCAUUCUCUUUGUUCCUGCUUUAAAACCUCGAUCUCAGGAAUCGUUGCCAACACAGAAUAUGUGGCUCUUCGCCCAAACUCACACUUGCGGGGUUUUUGCGAACCGUCUAAUGUAUUCCGAUUCCUGACCUAGUCGUUGGAGAGAAAUUAAAUUGAGCAGAGGCACUACAAAACUGUAGCGCUGUAACAAAACAAUUGAGUAAAAUAUUCCAAAAAAAUACUCUAGGCGAUAUAUCGAUACAGCAGCCCAUGAUAUCGAUACUGUAUCAUCACAUUAAACGAUACAGUAUAUCGAUAUUUCAAUAUUUUUACACACCCCAAGUCUAUAUUCUAUUACACAUGAUUUUCUCGCUAAAAAUACACGUGCGUAGGUUCGUUUCUCCAUAGAUCUGACUUCUAACUAACAUUCCAGGCAAAGCGAUGACAUCUCCACACAAAGACGAGCAAUGAGUCACACCCUCCUUCAGAAAAGUUCCGCGGUGCCCCUUUAAACUCGCCUGUCUUUGCACUGUGUUCCUCUGCUGCUGUUUGCCCCGGGAGCCAGACACGCAUGCAGACCAGGGCUAUCCCAUUUAAGCCACUGCAAUUUCCUCCAGCCUCCACCGCAACAACAGCUCAUUCCCAUCACCACGACAACGGCAUUCCCUAUGACUACUGUACAUUAAAUUACAACGCGACCUCGCCGUUGUAAACUCCAGCUUUUUGGGCUCCUCUUAACUGUUGCCUGUGCGCGCUUUUUUUUUUUGUAUUCGUUGGAUAUUGUCGGUGAACUGCAUGAUUGUACUGUUUUCCUUUCCCUAUCCGUCCAUUUUCUUUCCGAGGAUCCGUUAAGUGACUGUAUUACUCGCUGCUUGUUCACAUGGCAGCUCGGGAUGCACUACAUGUUGCGCUGGGAAAACAAAAAAAAAAAAAAAAAACAACAAUUCCUAGAUCAACAAAUGCACUGGAACCUAUAGUCUCCGGACAGCACUCGUAUCUCUCUCUGUAUCUUUCUCUCUUCCCCCAAAGCCAUAUUGUUUUGGUGACCGCAUUUUCAUCCUCCCCGAAUCUCGCUUUACUCAAAAGGGCUGCCCCCCUCCUCCUCUUAUCUAUCUGUCUUAUCUCCCUCUUUACCUCCUCUUUCUUCUUUGUUGUACUACUACUUCUACUACUACUUCUUCUCCGUAUUUCGUUUGACUUUGGCCAGUGAACUUGCACCAAUCAACAACUCAAUCGGCACGCCUGCACUUUGUCUCUCUCCAGCCACGCUCUCUGUAUCCCCUCUUAUGGAGAUAGUUUUUAACCUCCUUGUGUUGUUCGGAUUUAAAGGAGACAUAUUGCGCGAAAUCGACUCAAGAGCUUUUAGCCAAGUUAUAGCUGUUUGUACGCACUUGAAGCUGUAUUUUUGAGUAAUUCAUGCAUCCAGUUUUCAUCACCACUGGUACACGCCCACUCCUCUGUACUUCAUUCUCCAAUUUUAUUCUCUUAAUUCUCAUUGAGUGACCAUUUUGGCGCUUUUUUAAAUCCACUGUAGCUGUUUAGAGUGGGAAACACUACAGCAUGCGGCGCUUUGUGGUAGUAAUGUGUACGGUUUACUGUAAAGGGGCAGGCUCCCGUUGGGUUCUGCAAUUUACCAACCCGUAAUUUAAUAGACUAGUCGUUUUAGAUCAAAAUUGCGAUUUUAAAAUGUCCAAAAUGCAACCUGUGGAUCGUUUUUGUUGUAUUUUGGCCACUUAUUUAGCAGACAAAAGCGCAAUAUGUCUUCUUUAAGCUCCCCCCUGCUUUGUGUGUGUAUGUGUGUGUACGUGUGUGUUGCUUUUUUCUGGUCUGUCUGCAGUAAUCUUGUUUGUGUAAAAGUAUUUGUAAAUUUUGCGAAUGACAGCAACAAAACGCCAAGAUUCUUUCUACGUGUGUUUUUUGGAAAACUGUAUUUUUUUUGUCUCUUGUUCUUCAUUUGCUUUCCACAUAUCGUAUUUUCGAUUUGGUCGACUUAAAACUGGCCAAAUCCCGUUUUUUUUUUUUUCAACCAGGCCCCGCUUGCUUCAUUUCUAAUCUGCGACUAAAUCAACAUCAUACUGGGUAACCACGGCAACGGACGGAGCGAGAUCUUGCACUUAACACGCACCACAUUUUGUUCGUUGAGUAACUUCAAGUCUAGAGGCCUGUUUCUUUUUAAAAUGGCUGUUUCUUAUUAUUAUUGCUAUUGUCGUUAAAAUGGUGAACUGUUGUAAUUUUUUUUUUUUUUUACAUAAAGGGAGUUAAUUUUUUAAUCGUCAGGAUAAUUUUAUUUGUAAUAUUUUAUUCCUUUUUUUCUCUUAAUGGGCGUGAUUAUAAUUUUAGGCUGUGUUUUCAAAUUUAAAAUCUUUUAUUUGAUUUUUCUUAUGGUUAAUUUUAAAAUGAUAUUUGUAGAUUGUCUAAGAGAUAUGAGUUAUCGAGGGUUAUAGUCUGUAUAUUCUAUUGAUAUUCUGAACGAUUAACAAAUACAGUUAUAUAAAUAUUUAAUAAAAUUUCCUGAUACUGGUCAAAUCUGUUCAUUUCUUGUUUACAAAUGAUUGGUGUACCUGCUUUGAGGCUUAUUAAAAUUAUAUAAAAAUA